CCUCUCUCUCUCUCUCUCUUCUCUCACAUCACAAAUCCAUGUUGCGAAGGUCAAUUCUGCAGAUUGCGUCUCGUCGUGGGGUUAGAAGAAGGAUUCCGAGGCCGAUUACAAGGGAAUUCUCCGCCGCAGCCCCCAAAACUGCUUCCCACCACCCUGGCGAUGCAGCCAAUCCGCCGCCGCCGGGAAACGGCGGUUCCAGCGCCAAAAUUUUCCUCGGAAGCGCUGCCGUUGGUGCUGGGCUUGUGGCAGCUUACAAAACCGGGUAUCUAGACCCAAUUUUUGGUGCCAAAGAGAAGAGUGAUUCGGUUAAGGAUGCUGCCAUUGGUUUGGAGGAUCACAAACAUGUAGAAGAAGAAAAACAUGAUGAAGAAAGAGCUGGCAUUGCCGAGGAGAAGGUCGAAACGCGUUCGGAUGUUCCCAAUGUUGAGGGUUUGAGUGGAAGCGAUGGCGAAAACCCGCAGUCUCAAGUGGAUGAGGAUAAUAAAGCUGAGAGUGACAUCACAAGUGAGAAAGGUUUGCCUGAGCAUUCCCAAAAUAUAAAUCUUGGGUCAUCAUCUGAAGGGAAUGUAGACGUGAAGAGUGCAGGGGAAAAAACUAGUGUGGAGAUAAAUGAGGCGCCCGUAGUUUCCCAGACUAGUGCAGAUCAGCAAGAGAAGGAGGCGAAAACACCGCCACCUCAACCGGAUAUUGUACAAGACAAGGCAGAGGUUGCAUUAGGUAUUGAUGAAGAGCCAUCAGGUUCUCUCCUCAAGGCAUAUCAUCUGAAGGACGAGGUCGAUGAAGGCAUCAAAAUUACUAAUAGGGAGGAUGGUAUUGAAUACAAUAACUUUCCUAAUGAAAAAGAGGCUCUCGAUGCAAUCGAAGGGCUAAAUGAUGCGUACAUAUCUAAAGAUGGAAAGUUAGUUCUCGACUUCUUACAAACCAUUCAUACUGCUGAGAGAAGGCAAGCGGAGUUAGAUGCUCAUGUUUUUGCAGAAGAAAAGAGAAUGUUAAAGGAGAAGUAUGAAAAGAAACUAAAGGAUGCUGCGGCCAGGGAAUUGAUGCUCGCAGAAGAGGCAGCAAUGCUAGACAAGGAAUUAAAGAGAGAGAGGGCAAAAGCAGCUGCUGCACUCAAGUCACUUCAAGAAAAGCUUGAAGAGAAAUAUAAGACAGAACUUGAGCACAAGGAAAGUGAAGCUGAAAUGAAGUUAAAGAAGGUUGAGGAAUUAGCAAAAGCGGGACUGGCAGCAACAAUUGCAAGAGAGAAGGCAUCCCAAAUUGAGAAAAUGGCAGAAGCAAACCUUCAUAUAAAUGCCUUGUGUGUGGCAUUCUAUGCAAGAUCUGAAGAAGCUCGUCAGACUCACUCUGCUCACAAAUUUGCUUUGGGAGCACUUGCACUAGAUGAUGCACUUUCAAAAGGAUUGCCAAUUGAGAGAGAAAUAGAGGCUUUGCACACUUACCUUGAAGGCAUUGAUAAAGAUUCAAUUUUGGAUGUGGUCCUAUCAUCUCUUCCUGAAGAAACACGAAGGAAUGGCACAGAUACCUUAUUGCAAUUGAAUCAGAAGUUUGAUGCCUUGAAAGGGACAGUGCGGCACCUCAGCUUAAUCCCUCUUGGUGGUGGUGGCAUUUUGGCACAUUCCUUGGCACAUAUUGCAUCCUGGUUGAAGGUGAAGGAAGUGGACCACUCAGGGGACGGAAUUGAGUCCAUUAUCAACAAAGUGGAGUACUACCUAGCUGAAGGAAAGAUAGCCGAAGCAGCAGAGGCACUUGAAGAAGGAGUGAAAGGCACCCAAGCAAUGGGAGUAGUGAGUGAAUGGGUGAAGCGUGCUAGGAAUAGGGCUAUCACAGACCAAGCUCUAACGCUUCUCCAAUCAUAUGCUACUUCUAUCAGCGUUACAUAAAGUCCAUUUCUCAACUACACAUACUGAGCCUACCAUGUUAAAAUGGAGGGCCUAACGCUUUGAGAGAUACGUAAAAUGCCAUUCGAUCGAGUGUUGUACUUCUCCAUAAUUGUUUAAACAAGCGAAUAAUCCAGUUCAAUGUGUUACCAGCAGAAAGAGUGAAAAUGUCCGUUCUUUUCAUGCAGGGUCACUGCCAUGGGAAGUUUCCGGAUCGUCCCUUUGAGUGGCAUUUUGUUUCAGUUGCUACAAGUUUUGCAUAUAGUCAGUGCUUCAGGACUUUCUUGAAACAGAAGCGACCCAGGUUGUGCACAAGAUGAAUAAAUGAAAUUGUUCUCUUUUUGAGUAACUAUGCUAUUUGAACACCAUCAUGUGCUAGGGGUUCCUGUUAAGUUCGUUAUUAAUUUUUAUGUAAUAAAUUGUUUACUCUUUGGUGUC